GUUUUAGAGUUGGGAAAAAUACAAAUUUCUAACAGAAAAACCUGUCGAUUUCUCUAUUUCCGUUUUUCCCCCUGGCGUUUAUUUCAACAAAGGGGGAGAGAUUGAAAUUCAGAAUCAAAAUCAAGAUUUAACAUGAUAUAAAUUUAGAGAGAUGGACUUGGUAAACAAAAACCUGUUCGUACGCAAUCAUUCUAUCCACGGCCCUAAUUGUUUUAUCAUAUUUGGUAGAUUCUGCGUGCUUUUUAUCUUUGAAAUUUUCUUGAUCAUAUAGAUUAUAUUUAUAUGAAUCAAAUUUCGAAGAAGGGUCGGGAAUAUAUUUUGUGAUUUGUUUACAUUGCCCUUUCCAUUAAUAAUUGGAGCGUGCUUUUAUUGUUAAAGUGUUUAUAAAAAAGGUAAUAGGAAAUGAUUUGAAUUGAUUUUUGUUGGGUGAAUCUUCAAGAGAUUGAAUUCUUUUUUCCGGGGAAUUUGAUGGGUUUUGCGAGUCAAUAGUAGGAGCUAAUAUGGGAAAUACUUGUGUUAGCGGGAAGAUUGCUAAGGAUGGGUUUCUUCACACAGUUUCAAAUCUGUGGUGGCCUAACUUACCACAUCUAUUUUCGAAUAAUCAAAACAAAGAAAAACAUUGCGAAGGGCCAUCUACAGUUAAACAGUUAGAAUGUCCUAAUCCUGUUCACAAUACACCCCCUGAAUUGGUGAAGAUUGAAAAGGAGGAAAGUCGACCAGAAAAGCCCACACAAGCUGUGGAAAUGAUGAUUGUAGUGAAGGAAGAUCAAAAACCACCUCAGUCUAGAACAUGGGAAGAGGCAAUCAAAACUGAUGAGAGAAAACCUCUUCAAAAUCCUGAGCCGGAACAGGUGAUCAUGGUAGAGAAUGACAAGCCAAAACCAGUGGAUCCACCAAAGCCCAAGAAACCCCACAAUGUUAAGAGAUUUAGUAUGGUGAUUGAACUGAAAAGUUUUCUCGUGGAGUUAGAAUUUUGCUUAUAUACUUGGUUGCCAGAUAAAGAUUACGAGAAACGUUUUCCUAUCAAGUCCCCUGAAGGAGGAUCCAACACACAUCACAGCCAUGUUGAUGUUAAUAAGGAAGUUUUAGGAAUAGAAGUUAAAUUCAAGAGGAAGGCAGUACACUGCCAAACCGAUGAAGUUACAAGAAUGAUUAGGUUCUAUCUCGCAGAUGUCCAUCAGAAUGCUAUUCGAGAACUCAUUUUAUCCUAG